AUCCAAACGCACCGUUUUAUACACAAGCUGCUGUUCAUUUUUUCCUUCGAAACGUAUACUGGUAUUGGUAUACAUGGGAAAUUGAAUUUCUUUCAUUUUCUUUUAUUUGCUGAAGAAAAAAAAAUAAUGGAAGGAAAAUGAGUCAACGGGAAAUUAGGUUUCAAUAGAAAAAUGACUUUAGCGGAAACCAUUUUCCUCUCGCGAUGGUCUGAGCCAAGAACCCCGUCACCAACAGCUUCAUCUCUGCUACAGGUCUGACCAAAGACCACCAUCUCCACCAAGCGUGCAAAAGGCUGUUAUCAUCAAAAGCUACUCUCUGGGUUUCAUUUCUGAUUCUUGCUGCAGCCAUUUAACAGUGAAUCUCAAUAAUCAAUAACCCAUUUAAGAAAUGGAGAAAACGAAGCAAAAAGAAUGCAAGGGGAAACAAUUCCGAUGGAGUAGUCCAAUGGAACGGUUGAUGCUCAAAGUUCUUGCAGAGGAAGCAAGCAAAGGAAACAAACCUUCAAGUAGGUUCAAACAUGGAUCGCUGGAGAAAGCGGCAAAAGCAAUUUCUGAGAAAUUUCGUGUGGACUGUGUGCCUGACCAUGUUGAGAAUCGUCUCAAGACAGUGAAGAAAACAUGGACAACCAUAGCAACCUUGAAAGAAAAGGCUGGGUUCAGUUGGGAUGCUAACUCAAGGAUUAUUAUUGCGGGAAAAGAUGAAUUUGAUGAGGAAGUCUCGGCACAUCCAAGCUAUGAAAAGUUCCUUAACAAGAAAAUCGAAAUGUAUGAUGAGAUGGCGUUAGUUGUUGGCAAGGACUUCACACCAGGAUGUUUUGCUAAAUCUGUUGGUGACAUUGACAUGGAUGAUAAUAAAGUCGACUCUGUGCAUGUAGAGGAAGAAUCUUCAAGUGCACCAUCAAUCCAAGCGGCUCCAUCAAUCCAAGCAACUCCUCGCAAGAGGAAUCACUCUUCCAUCUCCGAGGACGAUCAAAUCAAAGAGUUGUCAAAGCAAAUAGGGAAGAUGGCAAAGGCUCUCAAGGUAAUUAGUGAAAAUCAAUUUGUUGAUGUUAAGAAACUUUUUGAGGAAGUGAUGAAGUGCGAGGGGUUUAGCGACGAUGUGCUUGGUAGUGCAUUUGACUUCUUGGUGGAGAAUGAGAAGCAAGCAAAGGCAUUCAUGGUAAAAACUAUGAACUUAAGGAAGUCUUGGCUAGAGGGCUUUGAGAGUCGAAUGAAGAAUUAAGGGAACUAUAGAUGUGACUCCUCUAUCUUCUUCUUCUUCUCUUUUUUCUUUCCUUGACAACUUGUAGUGUAAGAACAUACUUGUUGAUUGACUUAUUUACUUAUAUAUGACAUUGGUUAUUGAUAAUGUUUGUAGAAUAA